AUGGGAAUCAAAGGUCUGAUGAAGUUAUUACAGGAAGAGGCUCCAUCCUGCAUCAAAGAAGUCGAGAAAAUGUCUUCAUUGGCGGGAUGUACUGUGGCCAUUGAUGCUAGUAUGGCUUUGUAUCAGUUUCUUAUCGCUAUCCGUUCGACUGACGGUAGUGGCCCCUCCCAAGCAUUAACCAACGCAGAUGGCGAAGUGACGUCUCAUUUGCAGGGAAUGUUUAGUCGUACUGUCCGCAUGAUGGAAAGCGGCCUCAAGCCCUUGUAUGUGUUUGAUGGUAAGCCACCUGUUAUGAAAAGCGGCGAAUUAGCGAAGCGAAGCGACCGUCGCCAAGAAGCUCAGAAGGCGCUCGAAGAAGCCACGGAACAGGGAAAGACCGAAGACAUUGACCGCUUUAACAAGCGGCUGGUGCGUGCCACGCCUCAGCACAAUGACGAUUGCAAGGAGUUGCUGAAACUGAUGGGAGUGCCAUACAUAACGGCCCCGUGUGAGGCUGAAGCUUCUUGUGCCGCCCUGGCCAAAGGCGGACGAGUCUACGCUGCAGGCACGGAGGAUAUGGAUGCUCUGACGUUUGGGGUACCUGUCCUAUAUCGUCGUCUGACGGUGUCACCGGCUAAGAAGGUUCCAAUUCUUGAAAUUCGCCUCGAACGUGCACUACAAGAGUUGGAACUGACUAGUGAACAGUUUGUGGACUUGUGCAUUUUGUGCGGCUGUGACUACUGCGACUCGAUCCGAGGUGUGGGUCCAAAGAAAGCAUUUGCAGGUAUUAAGGAGUACAAGAACAUUGAGAAAUUCAUUGAAGCACUACAGAAGAACAAGAGCAAGGGUGUGGUCAUUCCUGACGAAUGGUUGGGAGAAAACCCCAUUUAUAAGGAUGCACGAGAAAUGUUUAUCCAUCCCGAGGUCGUCGAUGCUAAGGAGGUGGAGAUCAAGUGGCGUGACCCUCAGAAGAUUGAGUUGGUAAAUUUUCUGGUCAAGAAACACGGCUUUCAGGAGGACCGUGUGCUCUCAGCCAUUACGCGACUGAGAAAAUCGAAGAGUACACAGUCGCAGAAACGCCUCGACAGCUUCUUCACCGUGCUGCCAAGCGCUGGAGGUAGCGCAAAGAAGCGCAAGACGCUUGUAGCGGUGAAGGGAGGCAAGAAGGUAGUUAUCGUUAAGAAGGGCAAAAAACAAUGA